AUGACCUCCAACGACCGCCAUGCCUCCCACGACUCUCCUUACCGAACAGGUCAACAUGUCCCCGUCGGACAGAGUCGACAUGCUCCCCUGACUUCCGUCGCAACCAGUGCCAUUGAGUCGCAGCAAGAUCUCUCCCACACGUACCACGAUGAAUCCAAACGACCCUCAGUCUCCUCAACUCAAUUGGUUCAGUCACCUGCCAGACCAUACUCGCCGGGUAUGCGCUCCAUAUCAUCUCCUAAGCGUGCUGGAACAACCGAGGAAGUGGCCUCUCCUGGUGAGAUUCAAAUGCAGAGCUUUGCCGACGGUGCACCUCCUCCCCCGCCAGUGUCUCAUUCCUGGAAGAAAAUCGACCGCUGGGCUGAGAAGAACUAUCCAGAGCUCUGGGAUCAGCUGGGCGAAGGAUGUACGCAGAAUGACAUUAAUGAGCUGGAGCAUGAGCUGAACAUGUCGUUACCGCAAGACGUCCGCGAGUCCCUCGUCAUUCAUGACGGUCAAGAACGCGGUGGCAGACCAACUGGGAUCAUUUUUGGCUGCAUGCUGCUCGACUGCGAAGAAAUCGUCCAGGAAUGGAAGAACUGGCAGACUGUCAAUGAGGAGUAUCUGAGCGGUGCCCGGAAGCCCUCCUACAGCUCCAAGGGUCUCAGCAACGGCGCUUCCUCGUCAAGUCAGGCCAAUGGCAAUCGCUUCUGGAGGCAAGAAUUGCUGGACAGACAAGAGUCACAACCUCCAAAUGCCAUCCAGAAAGCUUAUGCUCAUCCCAGUUGGAUUGCUUUAGCCCGAGAUUGGGGCGGCAACAAUAUUGCCAUCGAUCUGGCGCCGGGCCCGAUGGGUAAAUGGGGCCAAGUUAUUCUUUUUGGGAGAGACUAUGAUUGUAAAUAUGUCGUCGCGCGAUCGUGGGCACACUUUUUGGCCACAGUGGCAGACGACUUGAGCACCGAGAAAGUCUUUGUCGAAGAGGAAACCGGCGAGCUGAAACUGAAAGAAUUCAAGACAGAGUCUGUCGAACCUGCUUACAUGGAUAUUUUGCGUUGGCGAGCAGAUCAGAAAUAUGGACGGAGAGGACCGAAACGGAGAUCCCAGCCCCCAGGAUUGAACAACAAUUCAGUGGCCCAGAACGGCCGGCACUCUCCCUACAACAGUCCAGUCGUGGGAGAAGAUAGAGGUCGGUCGCCUCACCGUUUUUCGCGAGGAGCUACGGGUAGCCCCAGACAUACAGUCAGCAGUCCCCUUGCACGGGUUCAAGAAGAAAUUGCCCAACCGCAAGCCAUCCGCCCAGGUGGAGAUGUGGUCCGAGACUUUGCUGAAGCUGCAGAAGAUUCUGUUAGCGAAGGCAAGAAACGAGCAGCCCCUGCGCCCAUAGAUUCCCAGGUGGCAACUACCAAGCAAGCUGGAGAUAAACUCGUCGAUGUCUCGACACCUGCGUCGUUGAAGAGCGCAGAUUCGAAGGACUUCCCCGCUACUCGACUCGCCCGAGUCUUGACAGCCGGCAACAACGAACCCCAGGACGACAAACCGAAGGACCCGGAACCCGAAGUCAAGGGCUUGGGUGUUAACGGCAUCGAGGGAGAAAUGAAGACGGUGGCGAUUUGA